AUGUCUGGAGCUUCAAGAAUCCUCCUGGCCGGCACGACGCGAGCCCUGGGCGCGCCUCGCGCCUUCAGCACGUCCGCGAGACGGAUGGCCGACGCGGCGCCUCUCCCGCCCAAGAAGCCCGUGGGAGCUUUCCGCGCAGGACUCCUCGGCUUCCUGGGCGGAUGUGUCCUCUCCGGCGGCGCCGUCUACAACUAUCUCGUCCAAGAGUUCAAGGCCGCCAACGACAUGCUCUCCGAGGACAUUUACGUUUGUCACGCCCCUUCCCCAGCUCCUCUCACUUGCAUCCGCGCUGUCGACGUGUCGCGGUGA